AUGCGCAGCCUUCGGGCGCUGGUCCGCUGGCACAGCGCAUGUCAGCUGGGUGGUCCCUUGGUUCCCGAGGUGCCCUGCGCAGCAGCAGAGGUGCUGUCCGUCUCAGCUUUGCCGAGCGGUGCCUGGCGCACUGCCGCCCCAGCGCUGCUGCAGGCAUGGCGCAUCAGCAGCGGCCCCAGCAGCGGAGUCGGAGGCGGUUGGCAGCAAGCAGCGGCAUACAGCGGCCACAGCGAUGUUAAAAGAGCUGCCAGCGACGGCGGCAGUGGCAGCGGCAGCACCAGCGCAGAGCCCCUCGGCUUUGUUCGCGGCGGCUUCAAAGUCGAGGACUUCCCGCCAGAGCGGAUACGAAACUUCAGCAUCGUG